AUGAUCUCCACCUCGGAGGAUAUUGGUGAUAUAGAUCUAGAAGAAACUCCUGAUGAAGACGGUCCUGAGGAAGAAACUCCUGAGGAAGAAACUCCUGAUGAAGAAACUCCUGAUGAAGACGACAAGUGCAAGAAAGACCAGAAGAAGAAGUGGGCUCUUGGCUCAGAGUGCACGUGUUGCUUGCCAUGUAAGACCACUGACGCCUGCAAGGAACUCCAGGGUGUGUGUAAACAAAAGUGCAAGUUUGGCGAGUUGGGAGGAGUGCCGUGCAAGGGCGAGAACUGCAAAUGCUGCUUAAAAGCAACCACUACUGAACUGCCUGAAAUAAAGCCUCCAAUAGUACAGACAACACAAGACACAAUGAACACUCAAGGCCCAGAGGUCACGCCAGGCCCUGAUGUCACUCCUGAACAAGAUAUCACUUUAGGACCAGAUAAUACUGCUGGCCCUAAUGUCACACCAGGGCCAGAUGACACUCCAGGCCCGGAAGUUACCCCAGGCCCGGAAGUUACCCCAGGCCCGGAAGUUACCCCAGGCCCGGAAGUUACCCCAGGCCCGGAAGUUACCCCAGGCCCGGAAGUUACCCCAGGCCCGGAAGUUACCCCAGGCCGGAAGUUACCCCAGGCCCAGAUAUUCUAA